UUGGAGUUGGGAGAUGUGCUGCUGGCAGUAAAAUAGGACAAGUUGACGCAUGUGUGGGAGCGCAGUCAGCCAGCGCACAGAAAGGCGCAAUACACGCAGACACAAUAGAUCAGUCAGUAAACGCUGUGCUUUAUUGAUCCGGCUGUUAGAAAAACGGAUCCAGAGGGAGAAGGAGAGAGGAAGAGCCGGGAACGAUUCAAACUGCUUUAUUUCCUGUAGGGGUGUUUAUUUAUCCACCCUGCAACCUCAACAAGAAAACGCAGCCUUUGCGGAAUAGUCACAUUGAAGAAGACACGUGUGGGUGGUUAACCACAUGUUUCCUGGGGGGACUGCGGUCUGAUCAAUUUAUUUGAUCUAUUUUGUCGGAUUGCUUUUGAGUAUCUACUCUAGAUUUCUAUCCGGAUCUGCUGUAGUGAUGUCGGAGGUUGCCUCUGCAGACUGUGUCCCCAGCCGACCACCGGGUCGGACAGAGGACAUGUUGAAAGAGAACCAAGAGAACAGGACUUUGCUGAUGGUGGCAAUGAUUUUAUUGGACUUGAACAAAUGCAACUCCAGCGCUAUCGGCGCCGGAGGCAGCAGAUGUAUCGGGGGCAGCGACGCCGGCGCGCAGGAGAAGGUGGAGCGGGGGAGUUGCCGGUUGAACGCCGGGGACAGCCGGGGCUCGGUGGCACCCAAACAGUCCAGGAACAAGAGGGCGGCGGCGAGGCGCGAGUGUCCCGAGAAGAGACACUGCUGUCCUUUUACGGGCUGUGGGAAGAUGUACGGAAAGUCGUCCCACCUUAAAGCGCACUUGCGGGUCCACACCGGUGAGCGUCCCUUCGAGUGUACCUGGCCAGACUGUGGCAAGAAGUUCUCCCGCUCAGACGAGCUGACACGCCACUACCGCACACACACGGGCGAGAAGCGCUUCAAUUGCCCAAUGUGUGACAAGUGCUUCAUGAGGAGCGACCACCUGACUAAACAUGCCCGGCGACACGCAGGCUUCCAACCCAGCAUGCUCCAGGGCUCCAGUGCAGCUAAGAGGCGCCGCUGCUCCGUGUCUUUGUCCUCCUCUGACUCAGGAGACCAAAGCCCUGCUGGGGUGUGAGCCACACCCACAUACUGUACAUAAAGGUACAUGCAGUAGAUACAAAAGGCAUACGCACACAUAGACACACCCCUCAUGUGUCCCAUCAAGAUAGACACCUCAACCAGCCAGACCAUAUUUAAAGAGUUUUUUUUCUACACAUGUAACAUUGUGCCACAGCAAACAGAAACAGAACCUGACAGUAACCAAACUGGAGCUUCCCCUUCUUCUACCCUGAGGUAAUAUGGUAUUUAUUGAGGCUUAUUCAGGGUCGGCUUCUAGUUGCGUUGCCAUUUGUAAUUUUUUUGCUUUGUGUUGUAUGAGGUUUUUUUUUCUUUCCUGGAACAAUCUGUAAUCCAAGAAGCAUUCAUGUACAAAUACAGUUUCCAUAAACACUACACGUGUUUACUUUGCAUCACAGAUUUCAUUUGCUGUUGAAGACAAGAAAAUAAAUCAUGACUGAGCUAUUUCUAGUGGGUUAAGAAGUUUUGGGAAUAAUAGUCCUUAAGUAAAUAUUAUUGUUGCACACAUACACUCAUACUUGUACAGUUACUCUCCAGUCCAGAACAAGGUGAAUGUACAAUAGCAGUAUUAUUAUGUAAAUAGACUAAACAGACUACUUUUCAGAUGAAUAUUAUACUCAGUAGUUAGGUGUUAUUAGAGAGUAAUAAGACAAAGCUAUAAUAUAGAGAAUUACAGAGCUCUUUCAUACAUUUGACUAUGGACUUAGUAAAUCAGGUACACUAUGAGCUUGUAGGUUUAGUCAGCGUGUUGGAACAUAAAUGUUGUCACAUCAUGAUAAACUUGCAAAUAUUUGCACCAAAAUACCUUUAGAGUCCUUUGGCAAGAUAAUACAUGAGCAAACCUCAUGGGAAAGUAUAACACAAAACAUAACAGGGUAAAGCCUUUAAAGGGUAAAGUUAGAGACUUUACUUUUUCCCUUGCAGUUGAAACACUUUUCCGUGUAAUGGCAAAUACUGACUAAUGUUCAGUUAAAGUGCGUAAACUGUAAACAAGGAGGUCUGUGCCUUUUCAAGGGUUUUGUAGCAGAGGAAUUUCUACAUUUUCAACCUUUGGAAAUACUACCUAAAUGAACAUUGUCAGAUUCCUUAUGUUGAUAUUCAACAAUACUUUGAAUAUCAAUGACUAUCUCUUAUGCCAACAGUGCCAGUUGCUGUACAUUGAAACUAACUUUUGUUUACUCUGUAUCUGGACUGCAUUUUGUCAGGGAAUAAUGUGAUGCAUGGUCAUUUCAAUCAAUGCUACACCCCCUAGUGGUGAUGUGGAAGCACAUUUCUCACAACAGAAAGUCAUAAAACCUUUUUUAGUUUUCUGUCCUAGCAUUUUGAAGCAUGCUGUUGAUUAGUUUGUUUUUGAAUCAAAGAAUUACAUCAUGUAGCAUGUUUGUAUGUAUUUGUUUGGUACAAUGUAUUUUUUAAUUGUCUGGUAAUCUUUUAUAAUAUUACUAAUGGGAUGAGAGGUCUUCUUUGUCCACUACAAGAGCCAGAAACAUUGAUGAUGUCAUUUGUUUUCUUUUUAUACUUGCCACUUAAUACAUUAUAACGUCCAGAUAGAGUGUAAAGUUAGAUGUAGUUAACCUUGUAGGACAUACAACUACAUAUAUUUGUAAAGUGAAAAAUGCUGUUUUUCUUUUCUGGCAUUAUGACAACUGUGAUUAGAUGUUGGUGCCUUUCAGGUUGAUGCCCUUACUUCUGAUGCUACUGUACUGUAAUCAGGGACUGUCUAUGCAGACCCCAUGUUAUCGCAAUAUACAUAGCUGUGUAAUAAUUACUGCUCAAAAGUUUUAACAUUAAAAUUAUUUUUCUUUCUAAA